AUGAAGUCCAGUGGCCUCCUCCUUCUGGCGCUUCUUGUCCUGGGAACUCUGGCAUCUUGGGCCGUGGAAAGUGCCAGAGAGUCUGUGAAGGGUGGCGAAUGCCCCAGGAGUUUACCAGCCAGUUGCACUGAACUUGAUGAAACUGAAUGCCAAAGUGACUGGAAGUGCUCAGGAAAGAAGAGAUGUUGCGUUGAUAGGUGCAGUAUGAAAUGCCAGGACCCUGUGAAACUCUCAUACCCAGGGACGAAGCCUGGCCGGUGUCCGACAAUAACUGGACACUGCAAGAUGCUGAACCCUCCCAACCACUGUGAGACAGAUGGCGAUUGUACGGACCACUUCAAGUGCUGCGAGGGCAGGUGUGGGAAAGCCUGCUUUGCCCCUGUGUAG